GCCGACACCAAAACAUUGAACGAAUGAUUGGGACUUAUUGAGUUAAUAUUACUGUUUGGUGUAUUAAAACUGUGAAGAAUCAACAAGAAUAAAGUGGAUAAAGAUUACAGGGACACAGUGGCAGGUUGAUUGCUGGAAUUUCGUUAUGGCAACGGCACUAGCAAGGCCAAUUUCCUUCCCUGACUUGGGGUUGAAUGAGCAGGACCAAGACGGGAACUCUGCCUUGCUGGAGCUUGACAGAGGAUUAAAAUCUUCUAGAACAGGGGAACAGUGUGAAGCCAUCUCUAAAUUUCCUGCCUUGUUUGAAAAGUACCCAUUUCCAAUUCUCAUUAAUUCGGCUCUUCAGUUGGCAGAAGUGUUUCGACAAGAAACUCCAGGGAGUAAUUUUGUGCGUGUGUGUGUUGUAGAGGUUGUAGAGUCAUGCGGUCGACACUUAGAUAAACUCAUCAAUGUGGAUGAAUUCCUGAGACGCAUCACUACUGUAAUGCUCAAUGACCCUCUAGCCCGAGCCCUCACCCUCCGAACCCUGGGCUGGAUGUCUGGUGUUGUGGGGGAGAACCGCCAGGUGCAGCAUCUAAUCCGUGAAGCUCUAGAUGCAAAGGAAUCAGUGGAGCUCCAGGCUGCCAUUAUGGCUGCAGAAAAAUAUGCUGCAAAGUCUAAGACCUUUGCUAUGAAUAUGUGUGAGCGCUUGACCCACAUGAUUGGUGGUCUUGCAACACCUGUUGAUGUAAAGCUCCAGCUUAUCCAGGUGUUUCAGCAUAUGCAUCAUGAUGCAGAAACUGCUGCUACAUACGCCAAGCAGUGUUGGGAGAACUGGGUUAUCUAGCAGAAGCAGCACCUCAUGCAUGGUCAGCAGAAAAUGUUGAAAUACUGGUUGAGUUCACUAGAUCAUCACAGCAUAAUGCUGCCAUGACAACAACAGCUCUCUCUGUUUUGGCAUCUUUAACUGCUGCUCCUGCAUUACCACGUAUAACUUUGACUCCAGACUGUUCACUUGUGGAUUUGUGCAGAGAAUGUGUUUAUGAUGGGAAUAUCCAGGUUGCUUGCAGAGCCAUACAGCUCUUUACUAACAUUGCUAUAUACAUGCAUGAAGAGCAGAACACAAGAGGGUAUGUGAGAGCACAUUGUGCAGCCCUUAGUCUCCUUCAAAGUGUGGUGUGUGCUGUGCAACCUGACGAUAAUAAUGUAGCUAAUUCCGAAGAAUUUAUUCCCGCUGGUCUUCGAACAUGCUUGGUUUGCACAGUGCUGCUGGCAAAAAAAAGUCCAACUAUUAUUGACUUAGCAAGUACACUCAACAUACUGGCUGACUGCAUACUCUCAGUGUGUGGAUGCCAGCUAGUGUGUGAGGCUCUAGCGUCACUUGGAGGAAGUCGAGCAGAUGUACUCGCCCCACAUCUUCUUCCAAUCUUGAAACUCAUCCAGAAAUUCACUCAUGAUGCUCCUCUCAAUACACACAAAACAAAACUUAUGGGCACAUUAGUAACAUUAGUGAUGCAAAUGUUUCAUGGUCAUGUGUGGUCCAGCCAAGCUGAGGCUGCUGUUGUGGCAGCUAGUAAAUGUGUACAUUUAUGGGCUGCUUUCUGUAUGGCAAGACAAGCAUCAAGGUAUGGUCAUCACAGUCUUGCUGCUGGUAUGUAUGGUGUGUUGAGUUGGAGAGUUUGCUAGCCCAAGCAGCAUUUUUGGGUUUCUGCCCUUGGUAAAGUGAGUCGUGGGGAGGCUAGUCCACUGGCUUCAGGAGACAGGGCUAGUAACCUGACAGCUGCAAAUACCCACCUUCACAGAGCAUUAUCAGCUCUCAAGGCUGCUAGCACAUCCAGUCAACCAAUGACCUUCUGCCAGGAGUAUGUGAGGCUUAGAGCUGAAACAUUCAUGUGUCAUGCUCAGCUGCUUCAUGCCUGCCUCUCCCUGCGCACCUGCCCCUCCUCCAGCUUAGCUGCUUCUUUAGCAACAUCCACUAGAGAUGACCUGCUCAGAUGUGGUCGUGUAUCCCAGCAGCUUGCAAAAUCAGCUAGAGAUUUUAACAGUUUGGCCUCACAGUAUGGGACCCUCUAUCAGUCAGUAUUUGAUGCUGAUCCUCAAACCUUGUGCAACAUUGCACUUCUGCAGCAGGGUGCAUUAAUUGUGGCUCAAGGCAUUGAGAUCAUAACUAGACCCUCAGCUGGUCAGUUGACAGAAGACUAUACUGGGCCAGAUCUCACUACUAUCACAAGCAAGCUUGGUGGUGGAGAGACUGUAGAGACACAGACUAUCAUCACUGUUUUAGAGGAAGCAACAAUGGUUCGCAGGUUGGGUCAGGUAUCAUGUGAAGUCAAACCAGUAAGGGGGCAGCAUCUUCAGUUCUUCAGGGGAAUUUUACAAGUGCUAACAAGUGUUCCACUGCCAUAUCCCCGCUUCUUCUUCCAAACUCUCCAGAAAACCACCAUUACCUUAGCUCUUUUACCACAACCACGCACUCCUGGAGACCCAAUUUCAGUCCAGACAUCAUCACAAUUGGCUGUAAAAGUUGAGGGGGUUAUAGGCCAUGGCAGAAGGCCUGGACUUUUCCGAUCUGUUCGCUCUGUCACACUAACUGUGAACUCAGUGAUCCAAAAUCGUCCUCAGCACACAAUGGACCUAAAGAUUGACCCCAAUGAGACUUUAACUCAAACUGCAGAACCUCAUAAUGACUUCUUUGCUGCACAAUUUCUCUUAGGAUUUCCUGUGCCUGGACUGUACCAAGUGACUGUAGAUACAUCUGUAACUGAUGACUCUGAUGAUGCUUGGCAAACUGGUCCAAGGCACACACUUACAGUAAAGUCACAGGAGGAUCCAGCCAACAAGGCAAGUGUCUCCCAGGCGCCCAGACAAGCGCCACCAUCCCAGUAUGUUGCCCCAACAUCA